CACUCUUAGGUCUUCCUCUCUGCUGUGAACCUCACAAAUAAUCGAACAUGGCGGAUUUGGAAGAGCGGCAGAGAUUGUUGGGAGACGAGGACAGGGGCAGUGGACCCGGCAGGCCCAUGCUCGCCAUCUGCGACCCCAGCCGCUUACUGCACCGACUGGUUGUCCUUUUUUUUAUGUGCUUCCUGGGAUUCGGAAGCUACUUCUGUUACGAUAAUCCCGCUGCACUCCAAAGUCAAGUCAUCCAGGAUUUGCAUCUGACGACUGCAGACUUCAUGCAGUUGUACGCCUGGUACUCCUGGCCUAAUGUAGUCCUCUGCUUCUUUGGGGGAUUUCUGCUUGAUCGGGUCUUUGGUGUCAGGCUGGGAACCAUCAUCUUUUCCCUUUUUGUCUGUGCUGGACAGGUGGUCUUUGCUGCUGGAGCAUGGACAAAUCAAUUUUGGCUAAUGGAAGCUGGACGAUUUAUAUUUGGUAUUGGAGGAGAGUCUUUGGCAGUAGCCCAAAACACAUAUGCAGUGAACUGGUUCAAAGGCAAGGAGCUCAAUCUAGUAUUUGGCCUUCAGCUGAGCAUGGCUCGCGUGGGCAGCACGGUGAACAUGAACAUAAUGGGCUGGAUUUAUAACAGAGUUACAGAUGCUGUUGGCUCGCCUGGACACGCCGUGCUGGGUGCAUCACUCUUGAUAGCUGCCAUAACGUGCGUGUUUUCCCUAGUCUGUGCCUUGGUUUUGGGAUUCCUUGACAAAAGAGCCGAGAGGAUCCUCAACAAGGAACAAGAAGGAACAGCCGAAGUGAUCAAGAUCACGGAUGUGAAGCAUUUCCCUGCAGCCCUGUGGCUUAUCUUCAUCGUUUGUGUAGGCUACUACGUGGCAGUUUUCCCCUUUAUUGGACUGGGACAGGUGUUCUUCAUUGAAAAAUUCAGCUUCUCCCCAGCUCAAGCCAGAGCUGUCAACAGUAUUGUGUACAUCAUAUCAGCCCCUGCAUCUCCAGUUUUGGGCUUCAUGGUUGAUAAGACUGGGAGGAACGUGUAUUGGGUAUUGCUUGCAGUGGCAGCAACACUUGCCGCUCACAUGAUGCUGGCCUUCACUUUCUGGAACCCAUGGAUCGCAAUGUCCCUGCUUGGCGUGUCAUACUCCUUAUUGGCCUGUGCACUUUGGCCCAUGGUGGCUUUUGUCGUGCCUGAACAUCAACUCGGGACAGCCUAUGGCUUUAUGCAGUCCAUUCAGAACCUGGGACUCGCUAUCAUUUCCAUAGCGGCAGGGGCGAUCCUCGACAGCAAAGGGUACCUGGUUCUGGAAGUGUUUUUUUGCGCCUGCAUUUGUGUUGGACUGAUAGCCGCAGUGUUGCUGUACUUUGUGGAUUACAUUAAAGGAGGAGAUUUGAACCUGUCAGCCGCAGCCAGAGCCAAACUCAGUAAAGAAGCCAGUUCAGAUGCAGAAUGAUGAUGAUGAUGAUGAGCGAACACACAUGGUCCUGGGCUUCAGAGCCAGCAGGCUGCAGUGUCCACCCCUGAGCUUUCAAUCUGCUACCAUGGGGCAGGACUGCGGUUCUGACUCCGCCCAGUGAUGUCAUCUGUGGUUCUUCACACCAGAACUGACUGUCUGGAAUUGGGACUGUUGCAUAACCUUGCAUAAAUGUCUAAAUGCGAUUUUACGGGACACUUGACAAACGACAUAUCCUACUUAAUCCACAGUUACUCUCCAACGUGUCAAAGUUACUUUAUUUCUACUUGGAUUCACUCACUACUGACUUUUUGUGUGUGUCAAAGUUCAGCAUGCUUGAAAAAUAUUUGAAUUAUCAAAAGAUGACAUUUGUACUUACAGCACAGAGUGAAGGGGUCCUUUGAUUUUAUCAUGUACUAUUUAUUGUUAAUUUAGCUUUUUAACAUGUAAAAUGGGGUAACUGAUUUUAAAUGUUUGGGGUUUUGUUUUUUUUGUUUUCUUGUUUUUACAAAAAAAAAAACAUUUCUGCACAACUGUUAUUAGCCUGGUUGCAGAAAGCUCUGCAGUUCAUUUAUGUACAUACCAUUUGUCACAAUUACUAACCAAAAUCAGUCUUUUUGGACUGUGCUUGGGCACAAUGGGCUCAUAGUCAGUUCUAAUAUGUUUCAUUGACCUUUGUGUGGCAGGUUAUCUCAAAAAGAGCAGAGCUUACCCAUGUAAUGAUAUUCACAGUCUCAACUUUUAUAAACUCUUCCAUUAAUGUGACCUUUAUUUAUUUAAAGAGUCAGAUCAGUUCCACGCAAAAAUUGUGUUUUAUCGAUUGUCUUUAUUGCUCUUUUAUCAAGCUCAGGUAAUUAAUUCUUUCUAAGCACUUCCCCAAAUUGAUAUUUGUUUUAUCUUAAUGGUGUAACAACAUAUUCAGCUUAACACUGACCAUUCCAGUAAUGUGGGAGGAGGAUUUUGUGUUAAUGGCAGGGUCACGCACUGUGGAUGAUUAACAUUCACUACCUCAGUUGGGCAAAUGAACCCUUAUUCGAGUCUUAACAAGAAUUUCAUACAUACAUAAAGACAGCCAGUACAAUUAAUAGUACAAAAAGGGAAGAAAAAAAAAAAGGUAGUUACACAUUUAAAUGACUAUACUCAGAAAUGGCUGCUCGGUCAGCUUGUUUGCUCUGUGGUGUCGGGAACUCACUGCAAUUGUUUAACAGAGAAAACUUGUAUUAAACUUUAACUGACAUUUGAACUGUGUACAAGAUGACUGUGAAAUGGUACAGAAAAAUUCAAAGUUAUUGAAAAGAUCACAUUUGAUGCCAUGAACAAUGACAUUCAAUUAAACAUUUUUUUUAAAGCAUC